GACGAAAACGAUGGGUGCGAUGAGAACAGCACUUGUGUUAGCAAUCAUUGUCUGAACGGGAGAUGCGUUUGCAAUGGAGAGAAACCCGUUUACCAGAGCCUCAAAUGUCAUACCGCCCAACCCAUUGGCGGCAAAUGUUUGCAUUCAUCGCAGUGUCAAUGGAUGGCCGGUGCGAACGCUCACUGCAAUUACAAGGGAAAGUGCCGGUGCGGCAAAAACGGCGUUCCCAUGCAUAUACCCAUUUACGGCAAAUAUUGCAUCGAACCGAAGGUUUUCAACGAUAGCUGUAUUUAUUCAGACGAAUGUCAAUUGAUUGGCACUAAUCGGUACUGUAAUGAGCACUUCAAGUGUCACUGCAUUCCCGGCUAUCACUACCAGAUGGGCGUCGGAUGUAUAGCCGGUUCGCACAGCGCCGGACCCCCACUACACAUCACAUCCCAUGUAUGGCUAUGGCUAUCGCUGGCCCUCGUCUUUGUCACCACGACUUUAUGACCAACUCAUUUAAAUUGAUAUAUAAUUAUAUAUAAUGUUAUAUAAAUAUAAUGUAUAAAUACUUAUAUAUAAUAUUUCGGGACAAAUGAAUUAUUCAAAUCAUAUCACAAACGCUUAUUUUGUUAAGUUUUCUCUCUCUCUCUCUCUCUCUCUCUCCACUAUUUCUUUUUCUCU